AUGGGGAGUCUCGGGAGGAGCCCAUCCGGGCUGGACCUCACCAUUGGUGUUCCUGGUUCGAGCUCUUCUUCUUCUUCUUCUUCCCCAGUUUGGUCUGGUAGGCUCUCCUUCUCGGGUGGUGGUGGUGGCAGCAUGAGGGACUUGGACAUAAACCAGCCAGCUUAUGGCGGAGAGGAGGAUUACCCCAUGGGAAGCGUCGACGAAGAGGAAGAGGAGGGCGGGACUCCCAGGCCCAAGAAGCUCCGGCUCUCCAAGGAGCAGUCUAGGCUACUGGAAGAGAGCUUUACGCAGCAUCACACCUUGAACCCUGUGAGUCAUCCUCCAAAACCCUCCUCCAACUCUCUGCAGGUCAAAAAGCAGAAGGAAGCGUUGGCGAUGAAGCUGGAACUGAGGCCGCGCCAAGUGGAGGUGUGGUUUCAGAACCGCAGGGCCAGGACGAAGCUGAAGCACACGGAGAUGGAGUGCGAGUUCCUGAAGCGGUGCUUCGGGUCGUUGACGCAGGAGAACCGCCGGCUGCAGCGGGAGGUGGAGGAGCUGCGGGCGCUGCGGGUGGCCCCGCCCACCGUGCUCUCCCCCCACACCCGCCAGCCGCUGCCGGCCUCGUCCUUGACCAUGUGCCCCCGGUGCGAGCGGGUGACCGCGGCGCCGCACCUCGCGCCGUCGUCGGCAGGGCGCCACCCAUUCCACCGUCCCGCCACCCUGCCUUUCGCCGGAAUCGCGGAUGGCUGACCGAGAUCGUGUGGGAUAAGCUUUGUACAAGAGAGACGCACAGGUGUUUUUCCCUCUCAACACCUCUUCGUUGCUCUGUUUGUUAUGUCUAAGGUUCAUGGAACAUCAAAGACUUCCUGCAAAUGUGUUCUACUAGUCACUCUCUUCAUCUCCAUUUCAAAGUGCUAUCCCGGAAGCCAUUAUGCAAGAAUGAGUUGGCUGCUACAAGAACACAUCCUGGAAUGCAGCCUUUUCAGUGACAAGAUGGGAGUAAUAUUGGUUGGAGCAGCUUGUGGUACAUAUGGUCCUUGCGAUCACCCUUGCCAUCAGCUUCUGUGGAAAUCGUAUCAUUGUGGCACUUAAACGGACCUCAUUCACAACCAACUCUUCUUUGGCUUUGAGAAUCAUCCAUCACCCAACUAAAUUCUCUGUUGCUUUGUGUGUGUA